CACAUAACAGUUUCAAAUGUACAAUAAUGACUCCAUAUUUAUAUAUCUUGGGAAAUGAUCACCCACAAUAAGUAUAGUUAACAUCUGUCACCCCACAUAGUUACAAUUUUUUUUUCUUGUGCUGAGAACUUUUAAGAUCUACUGUCUUAGCAACGUUCAAAUAUGCAACAUGGUGUUAUUAAUUAAUCAUCACCACACUGUCCGUUCUAUCCCCAGGACUCAUAUUCUAACUGGAAGUUUGUACCUUUGACGACUUUCUAUUUUCCCCUUUCUUUACUCUCAUUAUAAGGACUGUAAAAAUAAAAGAAUGAAGGAAAGGAAAUCCACAUUCACUGAAUGCUUCCCAUGAGCUAAAUCCUUUCAAACUGUAUCUCAUUUUAUCCACAACAUGAAUCUGAGAAGGAUGCACGAUUGUUCUCACUUGUGCAGGAGGAGCACAGAGGGUUCAGCUGGCCUUCUGAGGUCUGCUUAAUUGGGGAGCAGGACAGCCCCCCACCAUGCUGAGGCCAGGCUACCACUCUUGCAUCUCAAGAGGAGUUGCUGGCCGGGGACCCAAGGGUUAAGCAGCUCAGGCUGGCAGAGCUGAAUCACGAUUAACGAGAUUUCACUCAACUAUUACCUGAUCCCAACUGCGGGUGUGCUGACCCUCCACCCACUGCUCAGACUGCUUCGUGUAUCUUUUCCUUGUCCCUGACUUUGACAUUGACCCCAUCAUUCAGCCGGGACUCAAGUUCUUCACUGGCUUUUUGAAAUGGCUUCUGGAUCAGCGUCUGACAAGUCUGACUUUACAGGGCCCGAGGCACUGAAUUCCUUCAGAGAACCCAGUCCCCAAACCCUGUCCCCAAGUGGGCCCGGAUCACCCAAGCGUGGCUAGUGUUCUCUGCUCGCCUUUACCUUGAGUUUUCUCCGGAUUUGUACCUAUUCUCUCCUUCUUUGCUCCUUCAGAAAAGGAUCCCAACUCACUUCUAAAGUAUGUCCCAAGCUUUUUUUUUUUUUGCUUCCAUCUUAAAAUUCCCUCUGCACUGUUUUCUCCUCUUGUUCACUUACACAUAUGCCUAAAUUGUCACUAGGUUUGAUAAACUACUUCUCCUUUUCCCCAUCAAGCUACCCUGUCUUUCCUUCACACUAAUUGAAUUCUUAAAGGAGAACCGUGACCUUCUAUUCACUCCUCACCUGAAUUUAGGUACCUAAUUGCCCCACCACUGCCCUCUUUCUUCUCACUCCCCCCACUUCCCCAAGGGCACCCGAGGCUGUUGACUUACCACCUGAUGCUCCUUCUCUGGCCUCUGGCCUGGGCUCCAAGGCUCUCCUGGCUCCUCCCCCUUUACACAUACCUGCUCAAAUGCAGGUGCUUCCUGCAAAUCCGUGCUCCUAACCCUCCUCCAUUGAUACCCCUUCCUAAUGAUCGCCUGCAAUCUUAGGAUUUCAACUGUCACCUCUGGGUGUUUGUCUUCCACAUGGUGGCCUGACGUUUCUCCGGAGAUCAGACCUUGAUCUCCAGCUGCCAGGUGGAUGUCCUGCCUCAGGUAUGGUGCCCCUCUGGGUACGCAGGCCCCGUUCCCCUGUUACCUGUGUGUCUCAUGCACUGCUUUCUCCCAGCUGCCCUGGCUCCACGUUCGAGAUUCAAUUUCAGCUCCUCUCAAGCAUUUAUCGAACAAUGUAAAUGCUAUGUCUGGAAUUUCUGCAACCCUGAACCCUCUUUCCACUGUCCCAGUUGAGACUUUCAAUAUGUUCCCUCUCAACUAUGCGAUCGUUUCUUAACAGAUCUUUGAAUUCUGUCUUUGGCCCUCAAAUCUAUGGUUGAAUAAAUGGUAACAGUGAAUCUGCUAAAAUGUAUAUCAGAUCAUGUUUCCUCAAAACUUUCUGGGACACCCAUUGCAAAUUAAAUAAAAUUGCAGCUCUGUCACCUGUGGUGACAAAUCCCCCUCAUCUGGGCCCAGCCUCCUUCUCUGCCACCAGUGGCUGGGGCCCCUGCUCCUGACCACCUGCCCUGCGUGUUUGCUAUCCUCCAAAAGGAGGUCGCAGCCCCCCUGGCAGGCCAGUUCUGCGGCAUUGUUCCUAUUUCUGGGAAUCAUUCCUGGACACCUCACCCAAAAGCAGCCUUUCCAGCUAUUUUCUGAUUAGACAGAUCUUUCUAUGCCUACAAUAGCUGAUUGUUUCACUGACAGAACCACGACUGACAUAAGCGUUCAUGAGCAAUUUGGGGAUGAGCUUGUGCUGAAGGUAAAAAAAUACGUUUUAGGACAAGUUGAGUGAAAAUUAUUCAGCAGCAUCAAUAUUUCAAGUUGCCUCGAAUCCAUCUGAAUUUCAGAAUCAAGAGUAGAAAUAAUUGGAAAAACCCUGCCGAACCUAAAACACAACUCAGAUCCCCAAGUAUGAAUGUAACGGGGUCACAGAUUUCCUCCACAGAUUUUUACUAAGAUGUGCAGAUAUAAUGAGACCUUAAAAUUUUCCUACAAGGCGUCUACUCUUCCCCACGAGCCUGAUCUCAGAGGGAUUUUGGGAGGGACGGUGAGGAGAAGGGGCAUGGAAUUCAGUCUCUGCCCAUUUGUGGAAUUUCGGUCUAAGGAACAUGGUUUUAUUCUGGGGGCAGCUCAGUCUUCCUGAUUCCUGCCCUCUCCAUAAUAUGUGGGUGCACAAGGCUGUGUGGAUGAGCUGUCCCUGGGCCCUCCACCUCUUACUGAGUCCCCAUGUGAAGUGGCUGGUCUGGCCUGGUCCCUGAACUGGAAACUGCUAAGGACGGUAGAUCCUGUCUAGGGCUGGGGCCCCAUGCUGUCACCCACUGUUCGAGCCUGUGCCUCUGUUCCUUGCCUCUGACCGCAGAUCCACCUCUACUGUGGCUUCUUUGUUCUUCCUUGAGCUUCUACUGGUUCUCUGGUCUUAGAACACUCAUGGCCCCACCCCAGGGUGUGAAGACUUCCUGAUCCCUGGCCCAAGAAUCUGCCUGUGACCCAUGCUGCCAUGUGGACAUGGGCCCUCCCUGGUCUUCCAGAUGGAGUAGGAGGCAAAUCCUCCCCUGCUUCCAGCUUUCCUCUGAACACAGCUAAUCUGUGUCCGUGCUGAGGUUUCUACCUGGAGAUGGGACACAGGUACUGUUCUCUUGGUUCUUGGUCUACACGGGUGGGGGUGAUGUUUUCACUUCUGCCUCUUCUCAGUUAGGGAACCCCUCUGUGUCAUAAUCUCCCUUCCCAGUGUCCAAACCGGACAUCUGACCAGCACGCAGGACUUUGCAGAAGAGGGUAACAUGGUUAAGAGGAUGUUGAUGGUUACGGUGGGUGAGUCAUAAAGAGAAAGCAGGAGCUGGGGAUCCUAGAGGGAGAGGGCAGGAGAGGUGAUCUCAAGUUACCCACCCCGGCCAGGGCAUCCGGCAAGCAGCCCAGCCCAGCCCAGUGUUCCGAGUAUGGGCUCGGAACCUGCCCCCCCAUGAGCUCUGAGACCUUGAGCGGGUCACAUAACUUCUCUAAGACUCAGUUUUCUCACUUGUAAAGUGGGGAUCAUAAUGGGACUUACCUCAGUGGUGUGUUGUGUCGUAGGAAAUAAUGGCUGUGAAUUCAUUUCAGGCACUGGGCACAGCCUCACGCACAGAGUAGCCCCCAAGCCCAGGCUGUCAUGAAACUGUCAAGGAGGACCCUUGUGAGAACAAAGAGGGCAAACCGGCUGUGAGCACCACCCGGAUACAAGUGGUUACUCCUUGUAUGACGUUCAGUUGGAAAAGGUUGCAGGGGAUGCCCUCGCUGGCACUGUGAGGCAUCUGUGAAGUAGGGGUGGGUUGCGACAAGGACCGGAAAUGGAAAGUGAUGAAGCUGGAGCCCCGGAAGAACCGGAAAUGAGGCCAGUCAAUCAGGCAGACAUGAAUGAAGAAAGUCCAUCAUUACAGGUUCUAUCCAGCCAUGUGACACUCCUGGUCCCAGCACACACCCGGGAGGCCUUUGUCCAUGAGGUCAGCAAUGUUCAACACACACCUGCGGAGCGGUCUGAAGUCCUACAGGCCAUGGACACACUCCCACCUGAGCAGGGCAGUGACACCCUCAGCUCCCCAGCCCAAACUAUCCCCCCCAAGCAGGCUGACACCCCCAAUUCCCCAACCCAAACCGUUCUGCCCGAUCAGGCUGACACCCUCAAUUUCCCAGAAGAAACGAUCCCACCAAAAGAGGGUGACAUUCUCAAUUUCCCAGCCAAAAUCAUUCCACCCAAGCAGGCUGACACCCCCAACUCCCCAGCCGAAAUCAUUUCACCAAAGAAGGGUGACACCCCCAGUUCCCCACUCAAAACCAUCCUGUGCAAGCAGGCUGACAUCCCCAAUUCCUCAGAAAAAAAUACCUCGCCCAAGCAGGGCAAUACCCCCAAUUUUCCAGCAAAAUUCAUUUUGCCCGGGCAGGGCCACACCCACAAGCUCUCAGCCAUUCUAUCCAAGCUGUGUGACACCCUAAAGUUCUCAGCCAAAACCGUUCUGCCCAAGGAGGGUGAUGCCCCCAAGUCCUCAGCCGAAACCGUUCUGCCCAAGGAGGGUGACACCCCCAAGUCCUUAGAAGACACCAUCCAGCCAAUAGAAGGCAACCUGCAGUCAGCAGAUGAAGCCAUGGAGGUCCUGGAGGAGGACCUGGUGAAGGUGAUCCUGAGCAAGGAAGACUUCGAGGUGGCGCUGAAGGAAGCUGGGGAGAGACUGGUGGCUGUGGACUUCUCGGCCAUGUGGUGCAGGCCUUGCAGGUCAAUCAAGCCCCUUUUCCGGUCCCUGUCCAUGAAGCACAAGGAUGUGGUGUUCCUGGAAGUGGACGCUGAUGAGUGUGAGGGGCUGGCGAAAGACUGCAAUAUCGUUUGCGUCCCAACCUUUCAGUUUUAUAAAAAAGAAGAAAAGGUGGGCGAAUUUUCUGGUGCCCUUAAGGAAAAACUCGAGACAUUCAUUACAGCAUUAAAGUGAUUGUGUGUUCCAAAAGCAUUAGGAACAGUCGGCUGUUCAUAGCUUGCGAUUUUUUAUUUACAAAAAAAGAUGAGGGGUAACAAAAGUGUGUGUCCAAGUGGCACCUGCAUGUGCAUCAGAAACAGUAGCUCAACCCUUUCCAAAAAGCAGUCAAAGCCCUAACGCCUAUUGUGACUGUGUUCUUGUUGAUGGGACAGUGUUGAUAUUAGAAUUUCCUUUGGUGGAGAUAUUGGAAGUCCAGUUGUCCCCUAUUUUUUAAUCUUGAUUUUUUUUUUUCACUCACUCUUGAAAAUUCAGCUCGUGUAAUCCUAGUGGCAACGCUGGAAAUUUAGACAGUUUUUCUGUAGAAGGACAUGUUUUAAUGAUGAGUGGAAAUUUCUGAUGUUCACAUACCUUUGGGAUAUCUGAUAAGAAAGUAAAGAAUUUGAAGGAUUCA